AUGGCAGUACCAGCAGUACCAGCAGCAGCAGCAACGACAAGAGCAACAGCAUUCACAGAGCCUCAACUUCCUUCCAUAAAACACUUCAGAGAUGUGGGGAUUUGCAUCAACAGCAUUGCGAAACGAAGACUGUUAGCCGAGGGUCGAUUGUUCGUCAGUACUUCCAUCAGCGACACCUCGGAUGCCGAAGAUGAAUAUCUACGAAAUUCGCUGGGGAUUCGAACGGUCGUGGACACAGCAUGGCAGAAAGAGGAGGAGCAGCACCUUACGCGCACGAUGAACACUGCGCUUGACAAGGCUCCAGAUGUCUCGGAACAGCGCUCAUGGUUGGAAAUCACCAGAGUCGACGAUAGGACCUAUUGUGGGGUGAAAUGGAGGCGAGGGCCAUAUGUGACACAGCUCAUUGAAGAGUUGUCAACCUGGCAGAAAACGAAACUCUAUGGACACGCUUUUCUCGAGGAACCAGACGCGAAUAAUGCCCUGCUCAAGAAAGUAGCCCGCAGCCCGGGAGCCACCAAGGAGAGUCUUCGGGUUCUGGGCUCUUCCAAGGCCAUGAUCGCAGAGCUGUGGAACAAGGUUUUUGGGGAUGAGACCUCAUAUCCCAUCCUCAUGGUUGGAAAUCGGGACUCGUGCAUGUUUCUCAUCAUCUUGUUGUUGUUCCUCGAUGUGCCCACCAAGGUCAUUUCCCAGGAGAUCCAACAGGCGAUUGAACAUGCUCAGGGUACCGUGGCGGCACCGACGGAUGAGGUGAGCAUCAAAUUUUCCGUCGACUUCAUGCAGAGUGCCGGGACGUGGGUGGGAGAUGUGGAGCAGUGGUUGGGGAAGAAGUAUAAAGGCCUUGAUGGGUACCUUGCGGCUGCGGGUGUAUACGCUCAUGCGCAGGAUACCGCCGAGAGGAUGUUGCUGGUGCUAUCGGGCGAUAAGCUGGCCGUCUCGACCGAGAAGGUCAUGGGGCGUAUGACGUGA